AUGGAAAGCAGAGUAAGACAGAAAGAAGGAAAAGACACCUUUGACACUGUAAAGAUUAAACUCAAUAGAAUCAAGAGAGAGAUGGAGAGUCUUUGGGAUGUGCUGGAAGACAGUGAAAACCAACUGGAAGUGACUCUGAGAAAGAAGCAGGAGCUGAAGACAGAGAUGGCUGGAAUGGAAUACAUGAAAUCUGACUCUGAAAAGCAAAAACAAGACACAGACGUAAGCAUGAAGAUAACACAGUGGGAAACAGAGUUGAAGGGUAAUAUGCAGAGGCAAACACAAGCUAUAGAGAACAUGUUUGCACAGGUCCAGUCUGAACGAGAUGAGAUAGAAAAAAUCAAAUCUAAAAUACAGAGAGAGAAAGAAAACAUUGAGAGAGACAGGCAGUUAGCUAAAGUAGAAAUGGAUGCAAUGAAGUGUAUGAGGGAAAGUACUGAAAGGAAAAAAUGGGAGCUGGACAGCAAGUUAGAAAUGACUAAGAAAGAGAUGAGAGAGAUGGAAGUGAUGCGCACUGAGAUUGAAAUAAAGAAAAAGGACCUGGUAAAAAUGAUAAGAAUGAACAGGAGACAGAAGGAAGAGAUCAGCAAGAUAAAGGAAGAGGUUGAACAUGCUAAACAAGACAUGAAGGAAAGACAAGAUGAGACUAAGGGGCAGAAGUCAAAGCAGGUGCUGGAAGUGAACAUAGAGGGCAGAUUUGAUGAGCAGAAGAUAAGACUUCAACAGGUUGACAGCACCAGAGAAAUAAUACAACAUACAGAAAAUCAGCUUGAGGAAGACAGCAUGGAGACCAAGAACAAAUUGAACAGUGACAUGCAAAGAGUGAUUCUUGAAAUCAAAGAAAUCAGAAAUAUGCUGCACAGUGUAGGAAGCGAUACAGAGCAAAUCAGGAGGGACUUUACAGAAGAAAAGAACCAAAUCAAAUGGAUGACUUUUCAAGCAAAGAAAAUGAGACAGAAGCUUGACCAACAAUUGGAGAAGACCAGGAAAGAGAGGCACGAGCUAGAAAUUAUGAAGAUAAAGAUACAACGAGAAAGGGAGGAGUUUGAACAAAAACUGAAAGAUACAACAACUACAAUUCUGACUAUGGGCGAGAUAAAAGCUAACAUAGAAAAAGCUGCUGUAGAGAUGAACAAUACCCGGGAGGAGAUGAUCCAAGCCCAAGGGAAGAUGGAGAAGAACAAGGAAGAAGUCAAAACAUACACUGUAAUAUACAGAGAACAUGAAAAACAAAGUCUGGAAAAGCAAGAGGUGAUAAGUAUCAGGGAGCACGCUGAAAUGGCACACCAAAGCUCCACAGUCACAGAUUCAAUUGUUGACCUUCAAAACAUCACACAAAAGAUUCAUGUGCAUAUGGAAAUAAUUAAGAAGGAAGUGGGAAUUCUGGAACCUGUCAGUGUUCACUUAUGGACACAGAUAGAAGACCUCAAAGUAAUAAAUGCGGAGAACAGGGCUGUAAGAGACAACAUCAACAGAAUCAAAUCUCAGAUAAUAAUGGACUUUGAAAGAAUUACUAUACCAGCAAAAGCAAAAACAAAUGAAAUGUUCCAAAAUAGGGAUGAUAUCAAAAAACAACAACAGAAGCUUGAAAUUGCACUAGAGAAAGUUAAAAGAGAAAAAAGAGAGAUGGAAGUGUUGAAUUCUGAGUUGGAAAAAAAGAAAAGAGAGAAUAAACACAUGAUCCAAAAAGGGAUUCGAAUAGAGGGGAAAGUGAAAGCCAUGUGGGCUGAGAUCGAAGGAGAAAAAAAUGCCCUGAAGAAGGAGACACAGAGAAGAAAGAAAGAGCUCAACCACCGACUGGAGAGGAUCAUCAGGGAGAGGGAUGAACUAGAGAUAAUGAAGAUGAAACUGCAAAGAGAAAAGGAUGAAAGGAAAGGUGAAAUGAAAAAUUCUAGCAUGUCAACAAUCAAAAAAGUUCAAAUUCAAAAUAAAAGUCUAUGGGAACUCAUUCAGACAUGUUUGCAGAAAGCUAAUCUAAUGACAAAACAUACUAAAGAUAUUAAAGGAGCGAUUGAAGCUAAAAAGAAAAACAUUGAGGCCCAGAUAAAAAUCAUAACCCGGGCAAGAGAAGAAGUGGAAAAAAUAAAGAUAGAGAUUAAAAGGAAACAGGAAAUUAUUGCACGUGAGCAAAGAAAUUUGGAGCAAGUGGAGAUAACUAACAUAAAAAAGGAAAAAUCAAAAGAGUUAAUGAUGAAAGAAAAAGAGCUGGAGAAUAAAGAUCUUGAAAAGCUGAAGGCAAAGCUGAAGCAAGACAGAGAGGAUCUGAACAGAAUGACUGAGCUGUUGAACAAAGAGAAAGUGCACUUGGACCAGAUGAGGUCUGACAUCCAGAGACAAACUGACGUAUUAGAACAAGAGAAACAAGACAUAAAAGUGGCAAGAGACAAGUUGGACAUCACAAAGACUGAGCUGCAAAAGAAGAAGGAAAAUGCAGUCAGUCUGUUUGACGAGAUAAACAGAGAGAAAACCCACGUGAAAAAUCUGACUCUUCGGGUUCGGAGAGAACGAGAUGAACUCGAAAAUGUCAUGAACAUGAUUACCUUCAGACAAAAAGAGCAAGAACUCAAGGAAGACGACAUCAAAAGACAAACACAAGAACUGGAGACCAGUAAGAACAGUGUACUGGCAGAAAGAGAAGAACUGGAACUUUUGAGGAAGGACCUCAACAAGAAAGUAGAAGAGGUGGAAUCAGCCACAAACAGCAUGAGUGGAGAGCGCGAACAACUCACGAAAAUGAAGACUGACCAUGACAAAGGGAGAGAAAUGCUUUUGAAUGAAAAGGACAUAAUGGACAGAGAAAGGGAAGAGCUGAAAAUAAGAGAAGAUCAACUGAUGAGUAAAAUGAAAUCCAUAGAAACUCUGAGAGCAAAACUUCUACAGCAAAAUGUGAAGAUAAGUGAAGGCGUAAAAUACAAGGUGGACAGGUUGAAACAAAACAAUGAGGAUGUGCAAAUGCUGUACACUGUAUUGGAACAAAAGCUUGGAGAACUUGAUAAACAGAAAGAAAGCGUGGCUGGUGACACUGAGAUUUUAGAGAGAGAAAGGGAAAGUCUGCUAAGUAUGCUCUCCGACAUGGACAUCCAGAGAGAACACAUGGAAAAUAUGUGGAAGCAAAAGUUUGAGAUGGAAAAACAAAAUCUUGGAAAACUUAAGGCACAACUGAAGCGAGACAGAGAGGAUCUGAAUAGAAGGAAUGAGCUGUUGAACAAAGAGAAAGUGGACUGUGACCAGAUGCGGUCUGACAUCCAGACACAAACUGACUUAUUAGAACAAGAGAAACAAGACAUAAAAGAGGAAAGAGACAGGUUGGAAUUCACAAAGAUAGAGCUGCAAAAGAAGAAGGAAAACCUUGAAUGUCUGUUUGACGGCAUAUACAGAGAGAAAGCCAACAUUAAAGAUCUAGCCCUUCAUGUUCAGACAAAAAGGGACGAACUUGAGAAAGUCAUUAACAUGAUUGCCUUCAGACGAAAAGAACAAGAGCUCAGGGGAGACGACAUCAAAAGACAAACACAAGAACUGGAGACCAGUAAGAACAGCGCACUGGCAGAAAGACAAGAACUGGAAGUUUUGAAGAAGCAUCUCAACAAGAAGGGGGAAGAGCUUGAAGCUGCCAUGAAUAGCAUCAGUGGAGAGAGAGGACAACUCAGUCAGAUGAAGAUCAGUACUGAGAGGGACAGGGAAAUACUUUUGAAUGAAAAGGACAGACUAGAAAGAGAUCGGUCAGAGCUGAAAAUAAGAAAAGAACAACUCUUGAAUAAAAUGAAAUCAAUAGAAUCUCUGAGGGCAAAACUUCAACACCUGAGUGAAAGGAUGAGUGAAGACAUGAGAGACAAAAUCGCCAGACUGGAGCAAAACAACGACGACAUUCUGAAACUAUUGACUGUAUUGGAGCAAAAGCAUUGGGAUUUGUGUGAAAAGAAAGAAUAUAUGCCACGUUACGCUAAGGCAAUCGAGACUGAAAAGAAAGGUUUGAAGAGUGUUUUGGCCGAAAUUGUCAUCCAGAGACAAGAUAUGGAAAAUCGAAUGAAACAAGAGGCUUUGUUGGGAACGACGGAUCUUGAAAAGCUGAAGGCAGAGCUGAAGCAAGACAGAGAGGAUCUGAACAGAAUGACUGAGCUGUUGAACAAAGAGAAAGUGCACUUGGACCAGAUGAGGUCUGACAUCCAGAGACAAACUGACGUAUUAGAACAAGAGAAACAAGACAUAAAAGUGGCAAGAGACAAGUUGGACAUCACAAAGACUGAGCUGCAAAAGAAGAAGGAAAAUGCAGUCAGUCUGUUUGACGAGAUAAACAGAGAGAAAACCCACGUGAAAAAUCUGACUCUUCGGGUUCGGAGAGAACGAGAUGAACUCGAAAAUGUCAUGAACAUGAUUACCUUCAGACAAAAAGAGCAAGAACUCAAGGAAGACGACAUCAAAAGACAAACACAAGAACUGGAGACCAGUAAGAACAGUGUACUGGCAGAAAGAGAAGAACUGGAACUUUUGAGGAAGGACCUCAACAAGAAAGUAGAAGAGGUGGAAUCAGCCACAAACAGCAUGAGUGGAGAGCGCGAACAACUCACGAAAAUGAAGACUGACCAUGACAAAGGGAGAGAAAUGCUUUUGAAUGAAAAGGACAUAAUGGACAGAGAAAGGGAAGAGCUGAAAAUAAGAGAAGAUCAACUGAUGAGUAAAAUGAAAUCCAUAGAAACUCUGAGAGCAAAACUUCUACAGCAAAAUGUGACGAUAAGUGAAGGCGUAAAAUACAAGGUGGACAGGUUGAGACAAAACAAUGAGGAUGUGCUAAUGCUGUACACUGUAUUGGAACAAAAGCUUGGAGAACUUGAUAAACAGAAAGAAAGCGUGGCUGGUGACACUGAGAUUUUAGAGAGAGAAAGGGAAAGUCUGCUAAGUAUGCUCUCCGACAUGGACAUCCAGAGAGAACACAUGGAAAAUAUGUGGAAGCAAAAGUUUGAGAUGGAAAAACAAAAUCUUGGAAAACUUAAGGCACAACUGAAGCGAGACAGAGAGGAUCUGAAUAGAAGGAAUGAGCUGUUGAACAAAGAGAAAGUGGACUGUGACCAGAUGCGGUCUGACAUCCAGACACAAACUGACUUAUUAGAACAAGAGAAACAAGACAUAAAAGAGGAAAGAGACAGGUUGGAAUUCACAAAGAUAGAGCUGCAAAAGAAGAAGGAAAACCUUGAAUGUCUGUUUGACGGCAUAUACAGAGAGAAAGCCAACAUUAAAGAUCUAGCCCUUCAUGUUCAGACAAAAAGGGACGAACUUGAGAAAGUCAUUAACAUGAUUGCCUUCAGACGAAAAGAACAAGAGCUCAGGGGAGACGACAUCAAAAGACAAACACAAGAACUGGAGACCAGUAAGAACAGCGCACUGGCAGAAAGACAAGAACUGGAAGUUUUGAAGAAGCAUCUCAACAAGAAGGGGGAAGAGCUUGAAGCUGCCAUGAAUAGCAUCAGUGGAGAGAGAGGACAACUCAGUCAGAUGAAGAUCAGUACUGAGAGGGACAGGGAAAUACUUUUGAAUGAAAAGGACAGACUAGAAAGAGAUCGGUCAGAGCUGAAAAUAAGAAAAGAACAACUCUUGAAUAAAAUGAAAUCAAUAGAAUCUCUGAGGGCAAAACUUCAACACCUGAGUGAAAGGAUGAGUGAAGACAUGAGAGACAAAAUCGCCAGACUGGAGCAAAACAACGACGACAUUCUGAAACUAUUGACUGUAUUGGAGCAAAAGCAUUGGGAUUUGUGUGAAAAGAAAGAAUAUAUGCCACGUUACGCUAAGGCAAUCGAGACUGAAAAGAAAGGUUUGAAGAGUGUUUUGGCCGAAAUUGUCAUCCAGAGACAAGAUAUGGAAAAUCGAAUGAAACAAGAGGCUUUGUUGGGAACGACGGAUCUUGAAAAGCUGAAGGCAGAGCUGAAGCAAGACAGAGAGGAUCUGAACAGAAUGACUGAGCUGUUGAACAAAGAGAAAGUGCACUUGGACCAGAUGAGGUCUGACAUCCAGAGACAAACUGACGUAUUAGAACAAGAGAAACAAGACAUAAAAGUGGCAAGAGACAAGUUGGACAUCACAAAGACUGAGCUGCAAAAGAAGAAGGAAAAUGCAGUCAGUCUGUUUGACGAGAUAAACAGAGAGAAAACCCACGUGAAAAAUCUGACUCUUCGGGUUCGGAGAGAACGAGAUGAACUCGAAAAUGUCAUGAACAUGAUUACCUUCAGACAAAAAGAGCAAGAACUCAAGGAAGACGACAUCAAAAGACAAACACAAGAACUGGAGACCAGUAAGAACAGUGUACUGGCAGAAAGAGAAGAACUGGAACUUUUGAGGAAGGACCUCAACAAGAAAGUAGAAGAGGUGGAAUCAGCCACAAACAGCAUGAGUGGAGAGCGCGAACAACUCACGAAAAUGAAGACUGACCAUGACAAAGGGAGAGAAAUGCUUUUGAAUGAAAAGGACAUAAUGGACAGAGAAAGGGAAGAGCUGAAAAUAAGAGAAGAUCAACUGAUGAGUAAAAUGAAAUCCAUAGAAACUCUGAGAGCAAAACUUCUACAGCAAAAUGUGACGAUAAGUGAAGGCGUAAAAUACAAGGUGGACAGGUUGAGACAAAACAAUGAGGAUGUGCUAAUGCUGUACACUGUAUUGGAACAAAAGCUUGGAGAACUUGAUAAACAGAAAGAAAGCGUGGCUGGUGACACUGAGAUUUUAGAGAGAGAAAGGGAAAGUCUGCUAAGUAUGCUCUCCGACAUGGACAUCCAGAGAGAACACAUGGAAAAUAUGUGGAAGCAAAAGUUUGAGAUGGAAAAACAAAAUCUUGGAAAACUUAAGGCACAACUGAAGCGAGACAGAGAGGAUCUGAAUAGAAGGAAUGAGCUGUUGAACAAAGAGAAAGUGGACUGUGACCAGAUGCGGUCUGACAUCCAGACACAAACUGACUUAUUAGAACAAGAGAAACAAGACAUAAAAGAGGAAAGAGACAGGUUGGAAUUCACAAAGAUAGAGCUGCAAAAGAAGAAGGAAAACCUUGAAUGUCUGUUUGACGGCAUAUACAGAGAGAAAGCCAACAUUAAAGAUCUAGCCCUUCAUGUUCAGACAAAAAGGGACGAACUUGAGAAAGUCAUUAACAUGAUUGCCUUCAGACGAAAAGAACAAGAGCUCAGGGGAGACGACAUCAAAAGACAAACACAAGAACUGGAGACCAGUAAGAACAGCGCACUGGCAGAAAGACAAGAACUGGAAGUUUUGAAGAAGCAUCUCAACAAGAAGGGGGAAGAGCUUGAAGCUGCCAUGAAUAGCAUCAGUGGAGAGAGAGGACAACUCAGUCAGAUGAAGAUCAGUACUGAGAGGGACAGGGAAAUACUUUUGAAUGAAAAGGACAGACUAGAAAGAGAUCGGUCAGAGCUGAAAAUAAGAAAAGAACAACUCUUGAAUAAAAUGAAAUCAAUAGAAUCUCUGAGGGCAAAACUUCAACACCUGAGUGAAAGGAUGAGUGAAGACAUGAGAGACAAAAUCGCCAGACUGGAGCAAAACAACGACGACAUUCUGAAACUAUUGACUGUAUUGGAGCAAAAGCAUUGGGAUUUGUGUGAAAAGAAAGAAUAUAUGCCACGUUACGCUAAGGCAAUCGAGACUGAAAAGAAAGGUUUGAAGAGUGUUUUGGCCGAAAUUGUCAUCCAGAGACAAGAUAUGGAAAAUCGAAUGAAACAAGAGGCUUUGUUGGGAACGACGGAUCUUGAAAAGCUGAAGGCAGAGCUGAAGCAAGACAGAGAGGAUCUGAACAGAAUGACUGAGCUGUUGAACAAAGAGAAAGUGCACUUGGACCAGAUGAGGUCUGACAUCCAGAGACAAACUGACGUAUUAGAACAAGAGAAACAAGACAUAAAAGUGGCAAGAGACAAGUUGGACAUCACAAAGACUGAGCUGCAAAAGAAGAAGGAAAAUGCAGUCAGUCUGUUUGACGAGAUAAACAGAGAGAAAACCCACGUGAAAAAUCUGACUCUUCGGGUUCGGAGAGAACGAGAUGAACUCGAAAAUGUCAUGAACAUGAUUACCUUCAGACAAAAAGAGCAAGAACUCAAGGAAGACGACAUCAAAAGACAAACACAAGAACUGGAGACCAGUAAGAACAGUGUACUGGCAGAAAGAGAAGAACUGGAACUUUUGAGGAAGGACCUCAACAAGAAAGUAGAAGAGGUGGAAUCAGCCACAAACAGCAUGAGUGGAGAGCGCGAACAACUCACGAAAAUGAAGACUGACCAUGACAAAGGGAGAGAAAUGCUUUUGAAUGAAAAGGACAUAAUGGACAGAGAAAGGGAAGAGCUGAAAAUAAGAGAAGAUCAACUGAUGAGUAAAAUGAAAUCCAUAGAAACUCUGAGAGCAAAACUUCUACAGCAAAAUGUGACGAUAAGUGAAGGCGUAAAAUACAAGGUGGACAGGUUGAGACAAAACAAUGAGGAUGUGCUAAUGCUGUACACUGUAUUGGAACAAAAGCUUGGAGAACUUGAUAAACAGAAAGAAAGCGUGGCUGGUGACACUGAGAUUUUAGAGAGAGAAAGGGAAAGUCUGCUAAGUAUGCUCUCCGACAUGGACAUCCAGAGAGAACACAUGGAAAAUAUGUGGAAGCAAAAGUUUGAGAUGGAAAAACAAAAUCUUGGAAAACUUAAGGCACAACUGAAGCGAGACAGAGAGGAUCUGAAUAGAAGGAAUGAGCUGUUGAACAAAGAGAAAGUGGACUGUGACCAGAUGCGGUCUGACAUCCAGACACAAACUGACUUAUUAGAACAAGAGAAACAAGACAUAAAAGAGGAAAGAGACAGGUUGGAAUUCACAAAGAUAGAGCUGCAAAAGAAGAAGGAAAACCUUGAAUGUCUGUUUGACGGCAUAUACAGAGAGAAAGCCAACAUUAAAGAUCUAGCCCUUCAUGUUCAGACAAAAAGGGACGAACUUGAGAAAGUCAUUAACAUGAUUGCCUUCAGACGAAAAGAACAAGAGCUCAGGGGAGACGACAUCAAAAGACAAACACAAGAACUGGAGACCAGUAAGAACAGCGCACUGGCAGAAAGACAAGAACUGGAAGUUUUGAAGAAGCAUCUCAACAAGAAGGGGGAAGAGCUUGAAGCUGCCAUGAAUAGCAUCAGUGGAGAGAGAGGACAACUCAGUCAGAUGAAGAUCAGUACUGAGAGGGACAGGGAAAUACUUUUGAAUGAAAAGGACAGACUAGAAAGAGAUCGGUCAGAGCUGAAAAUAAGAAAAGAACAACUCUUGAAUAAAAUGAAAUCAAUAGAAUCUCUGAGGGCAAAACUUCAACACCUGAGUGAAAGGAUGAGUGAAGACAUGAGAGACAAAAUCGCCAGACUGGAGCAAAACAACGACGACAUUCUGAAACUAUUGACUGUAUUGGAGCAAAAGCAUUGGGAUUUGUGUGAAAAGAAAGAAUAUAUGCCACGUUACGCUAAGGCAAUCGAGACUGAAAAGAAAGGUUUGAAGAGUGUUUUGGCCGAAAUUGUCAUCCAGAGACAAGAUAUGGAAAAUCGAAUGAAACAAGAGGCUUUGUUGGGAACGACGGAUCUUGAAAAGCUGAAGGCAGAGCUGAAGCAAGACAGAGAGGAUCUGAACAGAAUGACUGAGCUGUUGAACAAAGAGAAAGUGCACUUGGACCAGAUGAGGUCUGACAUCCAGAGACAAACUGACGUAUUAGAACAAGAGAAACAAGACAUAAAAGUGGCAAGAGACAAGUUGGACAUCACAAAGACUGAGCUGCAAAAGAAGAAGGAAAAUGCAGUCAGUCUGUUUGACGAGAUAAACAGAGAGAAAACCCACGUGAAAAAUCUGACUCUUCGGGUUCGGAGAGAACGAGAUGAACUCGAAAAUGUCAUGAACAUGAUUACCUUCAGACAAAAAGAGCAAGAACUCAAGGAAGACGACAUCAAAAGACAAACACAAGAACUGGAGACCAGUAAGAACAGUGUACUGGCAGAAAGAGAAGAACUGGAACUUUUGAGGAAGGACCUCAACAAGAAAGUAGAAGAGGUGGAAUCAGCCACAAACAGCAUGAGUGGAGAGCGCGAACAACUCACGAAAAUGAAGACUGACCAUGACAAAGGGAGAGAAAUGCUUUUGAAUGAAAAGGACAUAAUGGACAGAGAAAGGGAAGAGCUGAAAAUAAGAGAAGAUCAACUGAUGAGUAAAAUGAAAUCCAUAGAAACUCUGAGAGCAAAACUUCUACAGCAAAAUGUGACGAUAAGUGAAGGCGUAAAAUACAAGGUGGACAGGUUGAGACAAAACAAUGAGGAUGUGCUAAUGCUGUACACUGUAUUGGAACAAAAGCUUGGAGAACUUGAUAAACAGAAAGAAAGCGUGGCUGGUGACACUGAGAUUUUAGAGAGAGAAAGGGAAAGUCUGCUAAGUAUGCUCUCCGACAUGGACAUCCAGAGAGAACACAUGGAAAAUAUGUGGAAGCAAAAGUUUGAGAUGGAAAAACAAAAUCUUGGAAAACUUAAGGCACAACUGAAGCGAGACAGAGAGGAUCUGAAUAGAAGGAAUGAGCUGUUGAACAAAGAGAAAGUGGACUGUGACCAGAUGCGGUCUGACAUCCAGACACAAACUGACUUAUUAGAACAAGAGAAACAAGACAUAAAAGAGGAAAGAGACAGGUUGGAAUUCACAAAGAUAGAGCUGCAAAAGAAGAAGGAAAACCUUGAAUGUCUGUUUGACGGCAUAUACAGAGAGAAAGCCAACAUUAAAGAUCUAGCCCUUCAUGUUCAGACAAAAAGGGACGAACUUGAGAAAGUCAUUAACAUGAUUGCCUUCAGACGAAAAGAACAAGAGCUCAGGGGAGACGACAUCAAAAGACAAACACAAGAACUGGAGACCAGUAAGAACAGCGCACUGGCAGAAAGACAAGAACUGGAAGUUUUGAAGAAGCAUCUCAACAAGAAGGGGGAAGAGCUUGAAGCUGCCAUGAAUAGCAUCAGUGGAGAGAGAGGACAACUCAGUCAGAUGAAGAUCAGUACUGAGAGGGACAGGGAAAUACUUUUGAAUGAAAAGGACAGACUAGAAAGAGAUCGGUCAGAGCUGAAAAUAAGAAAAGAACAACUCUUGAAUAAAAUGAAAUCAAUAGAAUCUCUGAGGGCAAAACUUCAACACCUGAGUGAAAGGAUGAGUGAAGACAUGAGAGACAAAAUCGCCAGACUGGAGCAAAACAACGACGACAUUCUGAAACUAUUGACUGUAUUGGAGCAAAAGCAUUGGGAUUUGUGUGAAAAGAAAGAAUAUAUGCCACGUUACGCUAAGGCAAUCGAGACUGAAAAGAAAGGUUUGAAGAGUGUUUUGGCCGAAAUUGUCAUCCAGAGACAAGAUAUGGAAAAUCGAAUGAAACAAGAGGCUUUGUUGGGAACGACGGAUCUUGAAAAGCUGAAGGCAGAGCUGAAGCAAGACAGAGAGGAUCUGAACAGAAUGACUGAGCUGUUGAACAAAGAGAAAGUGCACUUGGACCAGAUGAGGUCUGACAUCCAGAGACAAACUGACGUAUUAGAACAAGAGAAACAAGACAUAAAAGUGGCAAGAGACAAGUUGGACAUCACAAAGACUGAGCUGCAAAAGAAGAAGGAAAAUGCAGUCAGUCUGUUUGACGAGAUAAACAGAGAGAAAACCCACGUGAAAAAUCUGACUCUUCGGGUUCGGAGAGAACGAGAUGAACUCGAAAAUGUCAUGAACAUGAUUACCUUCAGACAAAAAGAGCAAGAACUCAAGGAAGACGACAUCAAAAGACAAACACAAGAACUGGAGACCAGUAAGAACAGUGUACUGGCAGAAAGAGAAGAACUGGAACUUUUGAGGAAGGACCUCAACAAGAAAGUAGAAGAGGUGGAAUCAGCCACAAACAGCAUGAGUGGAGAGCGCGAACAACUCACGAAAAUGAAGACUGACCAUGACAAAGGGAGAGAAAUGCUUUUGAAUGAAAAGGACAUAAUGGACAGAGAAAGGGAAGAGCUGAAAAUAAGAGAAGAUCAACUGAUGAGUAAAAUGAAAUCCAUAGAAACUCUGAGAGCAAAACUUCUACAGCAAAAUGUGAAGAUAAGUGAAGGCGUAAAAUACAAGGUGGACAGGUUGAGACAAAACAAUGAGGAUGUGCUAAUGCUGUACACUGUAUUGGAACAAAAGCUUGGAGAACUUGAUAAACAGAAAGAAAGCGUGGCUGGUGACACUGAGAUUUUAGAGAGAGAAAGGGAAAGUCUGCUAAGUAUGCUCUCCGACAUGGACAUCCAGAGAGAACACAUGGAAAAUAUGUGGAAGCAAAAGUUUGAGAUGGAAAAACAAAAUCUUGGAAAACUUAAGGCACAACUGAAGCGAGACAGAGAGGAUCUGAAUAGAAGGAAUGAGCUGUUGAACAAAGAGAAAGUGGACUGUGACCAGAUGCGGUCUGACAUCCAGACACAAACUGACUUAUUAGAACAAGAGAAACAAGACAUAAAAGAGGAAAGAGACAGGUUGGAAUUCACAAAGAUAGAGCUGCAAAAGAAGAAGGAAAACCUUGAAUGUCUGUUUGACGGCAUAUACAGAGAGAAAGCCAACAUUAAAGAUCUAGCCCUUCAUGUUCAGACAAAAAGGGACGAACUUGAGAAAGUCAUUAACAUGAUUGCCUUCAGACGAAAAGAACAAGAGCUCAGGGGAGACGACAUCAAAAGACAAACACAAGAACUGGAGACCAGUAAGAACAGCGCACUGGCAGAAAGACAAGAACUGGAAGUUUUGAAGAAGCAUCUCAACAAGAAGGGGGAAGAGCUUGAAGCUGCCAUGAAUAGCAUCAGUGGAGAGAGAGGACAACUCAGUCAGAUGAAGAUCAGUACUGAGAGGGACAGGGAAAUACUUUUGAAUGAAAAGGACAGACUUGAAAGAGAUCGGUCAGAGCUGAAAAUAAGAAAAGAACAACUCUUGAAUAAAAUGAAAUCAAUAGAAUCUCUGAGGGCAAAACUUCAACACCUGAGUGAAAGGAUGAGUGAAGACAUGAGAGACAAAAUCGCCAGACUGGAGCAAAACAACGACGACAUUCUGAAACUAUUGACUGUAUUGGAGCAAAAGCAUUGGGAUUUGUGUGAAAAGAAAGAAUAUAUGCCACGUUACGCUAAGGCAAUCGAGACUGAAAAGAAAGGUUUGAAGAGUGUUUUGGCCGAAAUUGUCAUCCAGAGACAAGAUAUGGAAAAUCGAAUGAAACAAGAGGCUUUGUUGGGAACGACGGAUCUUGAAAAGCUGAAGGCAGAGCUGAAGCAAGACAGAGAGGAUCUGAACAGAAUGACUGAGCUGUUGAACAAAGAGAAAGUGCACUUGGACCAGAUGAGGUCUGACAUCCAGAGACAAACUGACGUAUUAGAACAAGAGAAACAAGACAUAAAAGUGGCAAGAGACAAGUUGGACAUCACAAAGACUGAGCUGCAAAAGAAGAAGGAAAAUGCAGUCAGUCUGUUUGACGAGAUAAACAGAGAGAAAACCCACGUGAAAAAUCUGACUCUUCGGGUUCGGAGAGAACGAGAUGAACUCGAAAAUGUCAUGAACAUGAUUACCUUCAGACAAAAAGAGCAAGAACUCAAGGAAGACGACAUCAAAAGACAAACACAAGAACUGGAGACCAGUAAGAACAGUGUACUGGCAGAAAGAGAAGAACUGGAACUUUUGAGGAAGGACCUCAACAAGAAAGUAGAAGAGGUGGAAUCAGCCACAAACAGCAUGAGUGGAGAGCGCGAACAACUCACGAAAAUGAAGACUGACCAUGACAAAGGGAGAGAAAUGCUUUUGAAUGAAAAGGACAUAAUGGACAGAGAAAGGGAAGAGCUGAAAAUAAGAGAAGAUCAACUGAUGAGUAAAAUGAAAUCCAUAGAAACUCUGAGAGCAAAACUUCUACAGCAAAAUGUGAAGAUAAGUGAAGGCGUAAAAUACAAGGUGGACAGGUUGAGACAAAACAAUGAGGAUGUGCUAAUGCUGUACACUGUAUUGGAACAAAAGCUUGGAGAACUUGAUAAACAGAAAGAAAGCGUGGCUGGUGACGCUGAGAUUUUAGAGAGAGAAAGGGAAAGUCUGCUAAGUAUGCUCUCCGACAUGGACAUCCAGAGAGAACACAUGGAAAAUAUGUGGAAGCAAAAGUUUGAGAUGGAAAAACAAAAUCUUGGAAAACUUAAGGCACAACUGAAGCGAGACAGAGAGGAUCUGAAUAGAAGGAAUGAGCUGUUGAACAAAGAGAAAGUGGACUGUGACCAGAUGCGGUCUGAUAUCCAGACACAAACUGACUUAUUAGAACAAGAGAAACAAGACAUAAAAGAGGAAAGAGACAAAAAGAAGACGAUGGAUGGCAAAUUGUCUGAGCUGGAAAGACAUGACCUACUCACCCAUUUAAUGAACUCCAUAGGAAGUCAAAGAGCAAAAUUGCUGAAUCAAACAAUACAUAUUAGAAACAAUAUGGAGCAAUUAGAACAGAAAACUAUAGACAUAAUUCAGUUAAACUCAAUCUUGGAACACACGUGUGAUGAUCUUGAACAACAGAUAAAUAAGGUCAUUGGCUAUUAUGAGCUCAUGCAACGAGAGAAGAAACAGGUGGUUACAGUGAAGUUUGACAAGGUGGUACAAACCGAUGGUGUCGCAGAAUCGCAGCAGCAGCAAGAUAUCGUAAAACGGGAUUUAAAUAAACUUAAAAAGUGUGAAUCUGAGAAUGACCAGGAUGUUCGGGGGUCAGAUGUCACAAUCCUGACUAAAGAAUUUGUGAAUCAGUGGAAGUUAGAUGAAGAUAAACUUGGUCUUUUCAAAAAGGGUAAAUACCUGAAGACUGAGAGGAAAGGUUUGCUGAUGGUAGUGGAGGGUGAAAAAGUGGAAAAUGAACAGAAACAGAAGCUUGGAACACUGUCUGAGUUAAGUGGCAGACCACAAAUAUUUUACAGGAAAAAAAAUGUCAAAAAGAGAUUGUUUGCGAAAUAUAUGGAAGGAUACUAAAAUGGAACGGAAGGAGAUUGAUCAGACAAAGCGCUGGGGUCAUGAGAUGACAAACAACCUGGAGAAAAAACUAAAGGUCAUCAAUAAGUUUCUUAAGAGGACAUGGUUACAAAAAGAACAGGAACCAUGGGAGAAGGCAAAGCUGGAACAAGGACUAAGUAAGGACACAACAUCUCAAAGUGACCAUGAGAGAGACCGCACAAGCCUUGAUAAAAUAUACACAGAGCUCCAACAACUUAAGCUUCAGAUGCUCAAUGAGAUUGAGAAACUCCACGUCAAAGAAAAAGUGUCUAGGACAACUAGUGACAAAGCUAAUCAAACAUUCAAGGGGGAUACAAUCAUAGGGGAUACAUCAGUGCAGAUAACAGAACAAGCUUCUGCCAAAAUGUAUCAAGGGCAAAUGAAGGUAGAAAAAACUGAAGCAGCUCCAGAGACAACCAGCGGUCUCCUCUUUCAGCUCCGGCAUUACUGCUCUCGCUGCUGCUGUCCUUGCGGUGCCUGCUGUAAAGUGUGUCCAGAGGAGAAAUGAGAGACAUGGGAAUAUCCUUCACCAGUGUGCGCUAAAGAAACAUCUGGUGUUUGUCCUUAGCCCUGGCUCUGUAAAUGGGAAUCAAACAAAGUGUCUCGGACCAAGCCACACAACACUACUCCAGCUGUUCCAGCCAUGAUGUUUGUGUCAGUAACAUUAAAUUAUCAUGAUCAUUCAGCUUACUCGCAAGUUCAAUAAGACAUGCUGUUGUUGUUAUGUUAGCUAUAGCAGCAGGAGAGCUGUGAGUAUAGUAUAGUGAUCUGUAAGAAUAAAAUCAAACUAUUCUUUCGACAAUUUUUAAACCAACAUGACUACUAACAAAAAGCUGUUUUUGGCUUUAUAUUUGUUUGCAUAUGUGAAACUCUUUUAAUUCUUGGUUUGGAAAAUAGCAUUUAAUAGUGUACCUGAACAUGCUUAAUUUUCAGUUUUCAAUUCCUGAUUAAAAUCUCAGUCAUUCAUAUUGUAAUAUUAAAUAUAAUGUAUCCACUUCCACUUAAUUACAUAGAUUCUUAAAUAUUAAAGAAAUGACCAUGGCAAGUUGAAUUCAUUUUUAGUUUUUACUGUUGUUAUGGUUGUUGUUGCUGGUUUGUUUUUCAUUUGUUUACCAUGGUCUGUUAAAAUUAUUUAAGGAAAUUAAAUAAAGUAGUAUUCCCAAAGUAUUCCCAAAUGUAAAAAAAUAAAUAAAAACUGAGAUAUACACUAUAUGAUGAAAUAUUCAAUGCUGAAAUAUAUAAAUGGGGGUCCCCUAGAAAAAUUUGAGCACUAAACACAAUUUCCUGCAUUCUGGGGA